AGGACAGCAGAAUAUUCUGCACCAUCUCAUGACGGCUGGCAUGCUCAAGUCCACUGCCGUGCCACUGUGAAGAUGUUUGUCAGGUUCAACUCCAGCCAUGGCUUUCCCGUGGAGGUCCGUCAGGACACCAGCAUCUCCCAGCUCAAGGAGGCGGUUGCCAAGCGCCAGGGGGUUCCAGCUGACCAGCUGAGAGUGAUCUUCGCCGGGAAGGAGCUUCGGAACGAGUGGACUCUGCAGAACUGUGACCUGGAGCAGCAAAGCAUCGUCCACGUUGUGCAAAGACCCCAGAGCCAACCUCUGGAACCUGAGCCGACCAGAGGGGCCCGCCCCAGGAACACCGCGUGGGGCGUUGGGAGGGAGCCUGAGAGCUUGACCCGGGUGAACCUGGGCAACUCCAUCCUCCCUGCAGACUCGGUGGGCCUGGCUGUGGUCCUGAAUGAUGACCGGAGUGCACCCUCACCGUCUGUGAGCGCAGGUGGACGCACCUACAACAGCUUCUAUGUGUAUUGCAAAGGCCCCUGUCAAGCGGUGCAGCCCGGAAAACUCAGGGUGCAGUGCGGCACCUGCAAGCAAGCCACGCUCACCUUGACCCAGGGCCCGUCUUGCUGGGAAGAUGUCCUCAUUCCAAACCGGAUGAGUGGGGAAUGCCAGUCUCCAAACUGCUCAGGGACAAGGGCUGAAUUCUUCUUUAAGUGCGGAGCGCACCCUACGAGUGACAAUGAGACUUCAGUGGCCCUGAACCUUUUUACCACCAAUAGUCGAGACAUCAGUUGCAUCACGUGUACCGACAUCAGGAGCCCUGUCCUGGUUUUCCAAUGCAACCAUCGCCACGUGAUUUGCUUAGACUGUUUCCACUUGUACUGCGUGACCAAACUCAAUGACCGGCAGUUUGUCCAUGACCCUGAGCUCGGCUACUCCCUGCCGUGUGUGGCUGGCUGUCCCAACUCCCUGAUUAAAGAGCUGCAUCACUUCAGGGUGCUCGGAGAAGAGCAGUACAACCGGUACCAGAAAUACGGGGCUGAAGAGUGUGUCCUACAGCUGGGCGGUGUGCUGUGCCCCGGCCCUGGCUGUGGGGCGGGCCUGCUGCCGGAGACCGGUGUGAGGAAAGUCACCUGUGAAGGAGGCAACAACCUGGGCUGCGGGAGUGUCUUCUGCCGGGACUGUAAGGAGGCCUACCACGAAGGGGAAUGCGCUGUCCAGGCUGCGAGCUCAGGGGCUGUGUCUCAGGGCUACAGGGUUGAUGAGAAGGCAGCGGAGCAAGCACGAUGGGAAGAGGCCUCAAAAAAAACCAUCAAGGAGACCACGAAGCCUUGUCCUCGUUGCCACGUGCCUGUGGAAAAAAAUGGUGGAUGCAUGCACAUGAAGUGUCCCCAGCCUCAGUGCAAGUUCGAGUGGUGCUGGAACUGCAGUUUGGAAUGGAACCGCACGUGCAUGGGUGACCACUGGUUCGACGUGUAGCUCUUUGAGGCCGCACCGCCAGCAACUCGGGUUUUCUGUGUUCUCUGAAUUCACCAAGUCUCUCUGCCACCUUUUCUUGAUCCAAACACACGCACACACACAUUUCAACUUCUGUCCAGAAACACAAUGACCCAAGCCGCGCCCGGCAGCCCCUCGAUCGCGUGUCCAUCAAAAACAGCAGAACCCACGACAAGAGCGUGAAGAGGUGCUUGGGGGCCUCAGCGGCACACGCAAAAGGCCACCGCUAGGCUUACGGGCACGGGAUUUCUUGGGCUUCAUUUCCUACAUUUGACGCACCGUCAACUUGGGGAAGAAAUCAUUCAUUAGCAGGAAACCAUUUGUUUUGGUGUGAGAGGUGGAGGGGAUGCCAAUUGUCAGUGGUUCGCAUUAAGAUCGAUUGUCGGGAACCCUCAAAAGCAUCUGCAGAGCUUGAGAGACGACCUUAACACCUUUGCAGAACGUGCCUGUUCCCAGAGGCCCCGUGCCAUCAUCAGACACACUUACUGAUCCCUAAGAAUCCGAUCUCCAUAACGUCCCACUGAUGAAACACCCGUGAUGCAUAGACCCACCGUGGACCGUGGGAGAAACCUCUAGACUGAGUGUGGGGUGUUUAAAUGACAGGGAAGGAAGCGAGAUGGUGCGUGUGCUUUCCAGCUGCUGAACUGUUCGAUCCUGAAGAGAAAUUUGUUUUUCUGAAGCUCUUACAAAACAACAAUUUGGUUUGAAAUGCUCAUUUUGCAGCAUGGAGUAGAGCCCGGGUAAUUCAUCUGGCCACACUGUGAAUCUCAGGGAUACGGGGUCUGUGAGGGAGAAGUGAUUGCAUAGUGACCUGAAACCGGAACCCAAAAUGCAGAGGAUUCUGUCAGAAUCGUGCCGGGAGUACACAGGGUUUCAUUCAUAUGGUCAAGGGCUUUGUUUGAAAACGAUGUCUUCGCAAGUGUCUCCUGCAAACGGGUGGAGGGUGGGGUUUGCAGUACACCGGCCACCGUGGAAGCUUUGAGUGCGGGCCGGUGUGCUGUGCCAGCGCGGUCUCUUCUCCUGGCUGGGUGGUGCUUCUUUUCUUCUGUGUUUGGUUGUUGUUGUUGCUUUUCCAGAAUAGAAUUCUUAAAAUGAGUUGCAGACAAAACAACCACUAUGAAUGGCCCCGCAUCAAAUCGAAAGUGAUGUUCUUUGCGCUUCAAUAGUGAAUCAAAAAUCAAAGGCCGGAAGUGAAGUCGUGGCAGAAGACUCUUUCUCUUUCUCUGUGAUGUGUAAGGAAAUCCCUGACAGCUGUAUCCACGUGUGUACGCGAAUGGUCAAUAAAAGCCUCAAAAUAGCUUGUGAAUCCA